AUGGCACAAAGUGCGCGAAUGAUAACCCUUGUUCAGGUUUCGACGCUAGGUAUUGCUGAGAGAACACUAGCGAGAGCACUUGGAAGUCUCCCUAAUUGUAGCCUUGAAAGUGCACUGCAAGAUCUUCUUGCGGUGGGUUUGAAAUUUUCAUCUCUCUAUGAAUCUUUGAUGAGUAGUAUUACACUACUACGGUUCCAAAAUGCAGGCAAAAAGUAG